AUGCAGCUGGUCUCCACCCCCGCUGUCACCGACUUUCUAACGUCGCGGCUACCGCCCGGCGUCAACAACUUUCUAGCCUCGCCUGCCGUCCGCGACUUGCAGGCGUGGCUUACCCAGCCUCCAUUUGGGCCUCUGAACGCCAUCCACGAGGCUCGCCUCCGUGGGCGAGAGUGGAAUAAUUGGGCCCUACCUGCGUACACGAUUGCCAGUCUGCCCCUGCUCUUACAGGGGUACUUGAUCGUGAAACCUGGCACUCGUCCCCAGCGUGCCGCUCUCGGUGUCCUGGGCCUCGCUCUGUACAUUCCCUGCUGGCUGGAGUUUCGAAUCAAUGAACCUGGUCUCAACAUGGCCAACGCCGGGCUGACUCUGUACGCUUUCUUUGUCGUGGCAAAGUACAUCGAGUGGUCCUGCCUCACCGGGCCCCUCAUCGACCCUCGUUUUCUUCGUAACCCCCCGCCCAAGGGGGCCAGGGCACGCUUCCUUAGUGCCCUCGAUUUGACAACCAACUUCCGCAACGUCGGACUGGGUAGCAUCGGACUGGACCAGUCCCUUGGGCCCCGUAACAGCAAGCUGAAGGGUUACCACUACGUGCACCCCCGCUGGGUGCCGCGCGGGCCAUUGGCUACAGUCAUGCGUCAUCUUUGGGCGGUGGUAUGGCGCUACGCCUUUGCCGACGUGAUCUUGUCCUUCAUGCGGACCCUUGGCGAGGACACUCUCUGUGCGCCCGGAGGACGUCCCGAUUGCAUCAAUGCGUUCAUCUCCCAGUGGGAGGGGCCGCAGAGGAUUGCAGCGCUGAUCUUCGCGACCGGCCUCAUGGCCACCGUCACCGCUCUCUACAUGGGAGCGGGCCACCACGCGAUCGCGGCAAUCGCAAUCUCAACGUUGUGGGAGACAGACGCAUGGGACUUUCCAAUCAUCAACUCGCCGAUCCUCUCCACCAGCAUCAACGAGAUGUGGAGCAAGCGCUGGCAGCAGGUCAUUCGUCAUUACAUGGCCGUGCAGUCGAUGAUCGUAAUGUCUUUCCUGCCUCGCUUCAUGCGUGGGCGCGUCACGUACAUGCUCCUCGUUUUCCAUUUCAGCGGCAUUCUCCACAUUAUCGGGCACCUCGGCAUGGAGCCUGUACCCAACAUGGUGGGGAUCUACGUCUUCUUCAUGGCGUCAGGCUUUGGCUGUAUCGCGGAGCGUGCGUUCAGGAGCCUCACUGGUCGCCGCGUAGGCGGUAUCUUCGGCUGGAUCUGGACGUGGACAUUCCUCAUCGCGACAGGACGGUUCAUUUCCGACUCCUGGAUGGACGUCGGCUUCCCGGUGCUCUACACCAAGGCGCCACGUCUCGGCCUCGGCGACGCACUAGUGACCGCGAUCGGCCUGACUCCCAAGUAG